AUGAUCAGUCCAUAAUAUGCAGACUUUGCGCUGCUCUUUUGUCCAACUUUGACCGCCGCUCAACACCGAGCUCAGUAUCCAUUUGGCAGUUGGAUGUAGCAGAGUUUAUUGUCGAAGUCUCUCGGAUAGUAAUGUAAUAGUGGUCCCCCCUCGUGCGUGAUAUGUAUUCGGAGUUUCGUCGUCGGUUGCAGUUUUAGUCAGGUUGACCUGCUGUUUAGUUUUGGAACGGUGAAUUACAGUAGAUAUAGAGGAAACGCUUGGCCGGCUUCGCGAGUCACCUGUGCGUUACCCUACCAGCAUUUCGUUCGCAGAUUGAUGCUAAAGGGGCUCGGGGAACAGUCAGUGGUGUUGUAACGAAAGUUUAAACAGUGAGGAGUCAAAGUGAUUGGAGUGAAGAAAAAAGGGUGCAGUCAAUGCUUUGAGGCCUUGGGUUGCUCCAAGCGAAGACCGACCGCCAGGAAGAGUGUCCGAAGAAAUUGUUCAGGUGUUGUUCGGGUACCGCGCUUGAUCGAGUUGAGGAAGAAAGUUGUCCAUCAUACCGGUGCUGUUGGUAGAUGUCUUAGAAUCGCUGUUACAAUAAAUUAGGCUCACCACCAGGCCAAAUUGUAUGCGGACGGUACACUCUGCUUGAACUGGGUGGAAUAGCACGCCAAAAGAGAAAACAGAGAGAAGAAUCCAAUCAAGUGACAACAACUGGAAUAAAAGUGUGAUACCAAUUCAGGCGUUCUAGGAUAAGCUUAGAAAGCUUCUCGCAGCUCCAAGUAAAGAAAAAGCUAAAAACAAAGUUAUUUUUUUUACCGAAAACGUGUGCACUCACCCUACAAAAUCGUUACAUUUUUCCGACAAAACAGUUGCUGAAAAAGUGAAAGAAGAGCCAGCAAAAACUCCCGUGAGUGGCACUACUGGUAAACACAUCUGCCUUCCACUAAGUAGUGAUUGAAAGGCCCACAAGGGUACGAGAAAUCAAGAAAAAAAAAAUACCAAAGUCUGACACAAAUCAUAUCGGACCAUCGGAUCGAAACCGGAUUAUUUUACCGUAGCGGACGUGCGAUACCAACCAUCGAGACGGAAAAAAAUGCGGCAAAUUGGUUUAGAGACCGAAGACCCUCUCAAACGAAUACAGGAGGAAAUCAACGAGGUAGCGAGACGGGAGCAGGAACUACGGCAGGGCCACCGGCUGAACGAUUCCAACGAUGAUUGUCUCUCGUCAGCCAACUCUGACGAUUCCGGACUUUCGCUCUCGCCCAGUCCGGUGCAUUCGCCGUCGGUGUCCAACUUGAAAGACAAACUGGAAGCGGCAAGCAAUCAGUUAAACGGUACAAAUGGCCACGAUAGUACUACUGCUGCGCUAGCUAACGGCAACCGACAAUUCAUCUUGCCUCAGUCAAAUGCGUUGACCCGUGCCCGUUCCACACCGCAGCUCUUCCAAAUUUCACCGAACCGGCGCUUCAAUGUAAAUCCAAAUCAACGCGGCUUAAUGCAAAAGUUUAUCGCCUCCCGAGGUCGGCUAAGCAAACUCGCAUCCAACAGUAAUAGCAGCAGCCCUAUUAGUAAUGCUAGUACCAAUAGCAGCUUAAUGGUAAAACCAGAACAACAUGCGUCCCCAAUAGAACUGAGUCGAACCCACAUAAUGCUACCACCUACAGCCAUCUCCACGCCACCAAUAAUCGAACGCGAUUCCAACGGCAAACCCAUCCGACGAGGUUACGUCCCAGUCGAGGAAAAGAUCCAAAAAGAGCUACGUGAUUUGAAAAAUCGGGAAUCCGAACUGAAACGACUGCGCAAACAGAACCGCAUGGCAUCGCAGUCCGAUCUGCUGGAGCUGAACUACGACAGCGAUUCCGCGGAAGAGAUUUCCGACGACGAUAACUUCGACACGAAUGUGUACCCUUCAACACGGAAACUACGAUCGACUAAAUCGAUUGGAGAGCUUUGCGAAGCCCUGACGCAUUCUAGUCUUUCCCCGAGGGAAACACCAUCGCCACAGUUCGAGAAUCGGCAACGUGGCAUGCGACCGGCCAUGUCAUUGGCGCAACUAUGUGACCUUGAUCCUCAAGAAGCGCCAUCUUCCCACAAACUGAUAGCCAAAUGGGAAACUCUUAUUCAGCAAACGCAACAGCGGUAGACAUGGGCGAGAUACGGUGCUUGUUUUGUUGGUUAUGAUAAAGUUGUAAUAAGAAUAAAAGCCACAUAAUUGUGUAAGGUAAUCUUGAUGAUAGUAGGAAAAGUUUGGAAAACAGGCUGUAUUUAUUGUAUUGCGUGAUGUCGGAAAACAUCCAAAGUUUGCUUGAAGGAAUUAUUCUCUUGGAGUGUUCUAUAAAUAUAAGUAUUGUUCAGCUAUCUUCUUGCUAGUUAUUUUUUGUCUUAAAUUAACGCUUUUCUUGAUGGCAAUCAUUUUUAGUUACAUGUUUGGUUAAUUUCCUUAUAUACUUGAAAUCUACUUGAUUGAAUAAAUACGACUGGAAUCACUCGCAAAAAUAUUUCUGUCGUAUUCGUGAACUGUAUCAUAUUAUCUUUUAUAUUGAUUUUAGUUUGAACAAAACCUUGAAUAUUGUAAGUUCGAUCAAUCGUUAGAGAAUGCAGUUCGCUUAAAAUGGAUUUUUCUCGGUAUCCAUGCAAGCUACUGUGCAUUGCGCGAUUAUUUAUCGCGACGGCGAUCUUGAAAACUUAUUAAAAUGCUUGUAGAUCGUCGCAGCUACUUCAAAUAGUUUUAUUGUCUUCUGCGCGAUUAUUCCUGAUUGUCCAAGGCAUGAUCGCGCAGAAGACACCAGAACGAUCUGAAGCAACUGCGACGAUCUACAAGCGUCAAGACAAGAUCGCCGGCGCGAGAAUUUUGCACGCCAUGCAUAAUACCCUACUUCGGAAGUUAGGCGCAUCAAGCGCAUCCGCAUGCGAAUCGAAAGCACUAUUUCCAAAGUUAGGUAUCUCGCAUAGGUUCUGAGAAAAAUCGAACGAAAAAUCGUUUGAUAUCGUUUAGUUUUACCGACAAUAGUAAAUGUUGUGGGAUUAUGCGGCAAUGUCUAUUAACCCAGAAACUACUGACUGCCCAUUUAUUUCCUAUUUAAAUAUUAAAACCAAUUAUUAUUUCGUUAAACAACAUUAUUUCACAUUUCCUGGUACUAUAUUAUUUUCUGCCAAACAGGACACCUGAAACUUAAUUUAUUAAUGAUCACUUUAUUUAUCGCAAUUAAGUUGAACAAAAAAGUUCUAAGUGAAAAAUAAAUUCUACGUAAGAAUAUCCGCCAGAAUCAACAAAUAAAUGCCAAUUUUUAAAGAUAACGAAGUUUCAUCAGGGCUUACAAUACUUCCUUUUUUAUGCAAAACAUAUUUUCCAUACCAUCACAUUUUGUAGAAAUAUAUAAGUCACCAUUGAACCACUAGUUAUUAGCGGAAUGUUUGUUCACGUCAAAUCAACAAUUCUUCUCAUCUCUUUGCCUUAAAACUAUCUCUACUUGCAAAUCAGUCUAACCUGCACUUUAUAUCCGUUGAAGUUCCUUCGCCACCUUUUUUAAUUCGACUGCUGGUGUUUUUGAUCGAUCGAUUUUCAAGAACUUGCACUAGGACUAUUUUAGGCUUGUUUGAAAAUACAUGCACAUCGAAUUAAAUAAUGUUUUCGUGGACUCCACUUUACGGCAGAAAAAUCAUCAUUUGUAUGUAUGUUUUUUAUUUUUUUUUUUCGUUUAACUUAAUACCUUGAAUAUGGAUUUGGAAUGUAAAUUGCCCAGGUACAAUAACAUAUAUUGUUUUAUAAUAGGUUCCAAAGUGAAAUAAAUAAUGACAAUAA